UACAUUCUUAAGUAACUGUAGUUAAGUUGCUGACGGUGAGAAUGUCAAACACCUUUCAAACACAAAUAGUCUCCAUAAUGGAGAUAAUGGCUAAAGCUGUCCUGGCAGAAAUAAGUAAAGUUGUCGAAGAGGGCUCAGCCACGGUACAUUUUGAAAUGUCUCAUUGCCAGAGUGAGAACGUAGCGCCGAAAGUUAAGUUCCCGGUGAUGGAAAGCGAACCGAAAAUGACACACUUGGCCUCGCUCUUUGAGAUGCUGGCCCAAGAAGCAGUGAAUAAAAUCUGCAAACUUGCCAAUGAGGAAUCUGCGGUUCUGCGGCUGGAAAUGGAUCAGAGCCAGACUGAGAACGGGACUCUGAAGAAGAAGUUACAGCUGAUGGAGCACAAGCUGAAGACAGUGCAGGGGUGUGGAGAGGGCAGAGCUGGAGUGAACGAGAGACCUGUAAGCAGUCGUUCUGUCGGAGUCCAGGUCGGCAGUGAAUUAAGAGAAGAAACGGAGGAGGCCCACUGUCCCCAUGUCAGUCUGUGGGGAGGUGCAGAGCCCACAGAUGUUGAAGAGGAAGUCACUCCAUUGCAGUGUGUGGUCAUGCUGGCAGAGCCUUCAGACAUAGAGGACAGAAUUGAAUCAAUAAUUAUCAAGGAGGAGGGACUUGAGGAAGAUCUGGAGAGUAGUCCUUUAGAAGGAGGACUGGACAUCAGUGAAGAUGGAACUGUAGGAUUCAGUGCUGGAGUUGGGGACGAACAUCCCACGGAGCAUCCACACUAUGAGGAAUGUGACACAACCUUGGAGAACAGAGGUCUGCAGGAAGGACAGACACUUAGUGGAGAAGGACCUGUAGAGUUUGACACUGUUGCUGGAGAAGGACUUGCCACUGAGCGUCAGAACCAUGUGGAGGAAUGUGGAGCACCUGCAGGAGGGACAGAAGGCCAGGACACACUGUUGACACCUGCAGAUUCAUACUCGGCUAUCAAGGAUAAGAUUGCGAAUACCCAGAGUGCUAAGCGACUCAAGAAAGGCGGUAACAAGAGGACCUGCAAGAGAGGUGGCAAAGGAGAAAAAAACUUUAGUUGCACACACUGUAGGAAGAGUUUUGGUAAGCUCCUCCAUCUUAAAGCUCACCAGAUCGUUCACACCGUGGAGAGACCGUUCAGCUGUGCACAGUGUGGAAAGGGAUUUGCGGUGAAACGUAGCCUUGAAAUGCACCAGCUCAUUCACACAGGAGAGAAACCGUACAGCUGCGAUGAGUGUGGGAUGAGUUUUCAUCAGAAAAGUUUACUUAAAAAACACAGGCAAGUUCAUACGGGAGAGAGACCAUUUAGAUGUGAUGUAUGCGGCAAGAGUUUCAAUCGUGCAUAUGGACUGAAAACACACCAAAUAGUCCACACAGGAGAGAGGGCGUUCAACUGUGAGAUCUGUGGGAAAAGUUUCAGCAUUGCAAGUAAUCUUAACAGACACCAGCGAAUUCACACUGGAGAGAAACCAUUUACCUGUGUUUCAUGUGGAAAAAGUUUCAAUCAAGCCAAUACUCUUAAAGCCCAUGAGCGAAUUCAUACAGGAGAGAAACCAUACAGCUGCACUACCUGUGGGAAAAGUUUUAAUCAGAAAAGUAGAGUUAAAACACAUGAGCGCAUUCACACAGGUACAAAGACAUACAUAUGUGUUGUUUGUGGAAAGAGUGUUGGUACUGCAAGCUCUCUCAGAACACACCUGCUGAGUCAUACUGGAGAGAAUGCCAUUAACUGUAUUAUAUGUGGGGAGAGGCUCACUUCUCUAAGUUCCCUUAAAACACACCAGCAAAGUCAUAUAGGGGCAAACCCAUACAUUUGUACAGUUUGUGGGAAAAGUUUCAGUUCUGCGGGUUCUUUGAAAAUACAUGAGCAGACACACACGGGAGAGAAGCGGUUUAGCUGCAAACAAUGUGGGAAGAAUUUCACCCAGCAAAGUAGUCUCAAAACACACCAGAAUGUUCACACCGGAGAAAAACCGUAUUGCUGUGCUGUGUGUGGGAAGAGUUUCAGGAUUUUGGGAAACCUUAAUAGACACCAGCGAAUACACACAGGGGAGAAACCAUACAGCUGUCUUCUAUGUGGGAAGAGUUUUAAUCAAGGUAAUAGUCUGAAAGCCCAUGAGCGAAUUCACACAGGGGAGAAACUGUACAUGUGUGAUAAAUGUGGAAAGAGUUUCUCUUAUCUAAGAAAUCUUAAAGAACACAAGUGUGUGUAUGGCUGAAAGAACCCCC